GCUCAAGCUGGCACCUGCCUACUACCACACUAGGUCCACUCUCUCAUCCACCAUCAUCUCUAACCUCUCGGAGAUCAAGCAGAAGCUAGCUGCGACCUGCUAGCAAUGGGGCACCAGCACCAGAUGUUCAACGACCCCUUCGCGAGCAGCAUGUCGUCACUGGAGGAGGACAUGUUCUCCGGUGCCGGCGGCUACCACCACCUCACGCCGUCCAUGCAGUGGCCGGGCUUGGAUAAUGACAUACCGUCGGCGCCGGCUGCCAACAACUCCACCUCCUCCGGCGGCUCCGGAUCACAGCGCAAGAUGAGUCACAACGCGUACGAGCGUGACCGCCGCAAGCAGCUCAACGAGCAAUAUUCCUCCCUCCGCUCCCUCCUCCCCGAUGACGAUCACAAUAAGAAGAUGAGCAUUCCGACCACGGUCUCGCGGGUGAUCAAGUACAUCCCGGAGCUGCAGAAGGAGGUAGACGGCCUGGAGAAGAAGAAGGAGGAGCUGAGGCGGGCCAGCUGCGAGCAAGGCGCCAUGAGGCAGAACACAGCCCCGAUCGUGUCCGCCACCUGCCUCGACGACAGGGAGAUCAUGGUCCAGGUCAGCCUGGUAAGCACAAUGGCCAUAGCUCUGCCCAUGUCCAAGUGCAUCAAGGUGCUGGAGAACCAAGGUCUUCGCCUCAUAAAUUCGUCGACUUCCGCAUUCCAGAACAGGACGUUCUAUAGCCUCCAUCUUCAGAGGAAGCUGAACAAUCCGACCAUUGUGUCGCGGGUGAUCAAGUACAUCCCGGAGCUGCAGAAGGAGGUAGACGGCCUGGAGAAGAAGAAGGAACAGCUGACGCGUGCCAGCUGCAGGCCGGGAGAUGACACGGCUCCGAUCGUCUCCGCCACCUGCCUCAACGACAGGGAAAUCAUGGUCCAGGUCAGCCUGCUGAACACCAUGGCUGGCGCUCUGCCCAUGUCCAAAUGCAUCAACGUGCUGGAGAAUCAAGGCCUCUGCCUCGUCAGCUCGUCCGCUUCCGCUUUUCAGAACAGGACCUUCUAUAGCCUUCAUCUUCAGAGAACCCAACGAACAAUGAGCAAAGAGUGCUCAGCAUUUUGUGACGAACUGGAGAACGCCGUGAAGCAAAAGGCGGGACUACAUCCACAUUACUAGUAGAAGACAGCAUAAUAAUGGUGGAUGCGAUCAUAUUUAAGUACCAUGAAUCAAAAUACAUGCCAUACCUAUAUACUCCCUCCGUCUCAAAAUAAGUGUCUCAACUUUCUACUAACUUAUUUUGGGAUGGAGAGAGUCACAAAUAAUCAAGGAUCAAUAGUAGGACCGAUGCAUGCAUGAUAGUAUAAAACAGUGUGUUCCAUAUAACUACUAUUGUAUAUACAUUCCGGCCCUACAUUUUCCUCUUGAUGUACCCUAGCUUGUAUGCAUAUGCAAGUUGAGUAUAAUUAGUAUGCGUGAUAGGACGGAGAAAAUAAAUUUGGAGCUGGCCGCAAAGCAGUGGCGUGCAUUCUGAUAAGAAACACGCCAUGUCCAUGUAAUUCAUACAAAUAAAUAAAUAUAUUAUGGUA